AUGCCCAAUAUCGAAUGCGACGAGGACAAGGCCGGCCCGUCCGUGCUACCCGUGUCAUCGCCAGACAUGGAACCAAUAACUGAAACCUCCGAAGAAGACUUUCAAGCGCCCAAGAAGCGACACAUUGAGGAGCAGAGAAGCGAGGCUGCCAACGUGUUUACACCUUACCUCUUCAUGCCCGACGACAAGAUGGAGGAGGGCAGGAGCAGGGACGACCCGCCCGCGCGGCUCGCGCCGCCACCCAACAUGUUCACACCUUACGUCUUCCGUGACGAGUCCCUCGGCCAAGAUAGCGAUGCGAAUGAGGACAUCGAUUACUGGAGGGACAGCCUCUCGCCGAAACAGCGUCUUCGCUUCGCUUUGAAGAAGUUAUUGGAUUGUGAGUCCAAUCAGGCGCUGGCCAUCAUCUCCAAACACAAGACCAUCUUGCGCCCUCUCUGGCUAAAGCAGUACUGGGUCAAAGGUCAACUAGUCACCUCCAACCUCAAAUGGGAGCGUCAAGAGCAUUUUACUGGCAUUGCUCACUAUCUAUUUACGCCGCAAGAAACUGGAGAAAAGACCUGUACCAAGUGUGAGACUGUAGACAACUAUGGGCCGUUUGCGGAGUGUGUCGCUGGCGGUCGGGCGGUGCAUGGGGGCGCUUGCUUCAGCUGCUACUACAAGGGUGAGGGGAAGAGUUGCUCCCUCCGUAUCGCUCAUGAACAGUCAGAGAAGAAAGCGCGGUAUGGCCAAAGCGACGCACCGUUUUCAGCUGAAACUAUUCGCAACACUAGCACGAGGGAUUUAGAGAAGGCGUUGCGGUGGAUUCAGAAGGAGUUGAGAAUUCGCGAGGAGGAUUAAACCAGUUGGAAGCAUCAAGCGUAUUCAUCAUAUUUCAGAUGUCUGUUGAUGCAGUAGAAGACUUCAACUAUGCUUUAAGUAGAGAAGAGAAACAAUAAUUUGUUUGGACGCGG